AUGUUCUUUUUGCAGCAAAAUGUGGUUGAGAAGUGGGCACACAAGAAAUACCGCAGCACGCGUGACUACGAACUACGAAUUAUGACUCUUCAAAACUGGGCUAUAAGCCUGGGCCGUCUGUUGGGUCCGCUACGUAUUGUCUAUGCGGGAGCCCUGGCCCUGAGGCUCGGCUCUUUCUACACUUGCGUGAUGACUAAUCUGCGUGACUGGAUCCGCGUAUACCUCCGCUUCCUGCUGGAGAGUGCUCAGAGUCUGAACUCAAACACCACGAAGAUGAUGCAGGUACGUCUAUGUAUGUGUUUCUCCUGUUUCUCACGACUGUCUCAGUUGCCGGCUUUCGAAGCACAUCCAUAA